UACGUUAUGUUUUUUCCAGGUUGUUCCCGUUUCAAUUAUAAAAUAAAGCAAUCAAUAUCGCCCGGCGUACGGUACCCUGUUGUGGGUCCGAGAUGCACCGCUGAUGGUAACUUCCACCCCGUCCAGUGCAUCGGCAGGACUUGCUACUGCGUAAACAGAAUCACUGGAAAAAUACGUGACGAAAAAUCAAUCAAUUUAAACCAGGACCCAAUAUCUAAAUUACCUUGUUACAAUGCGGAGUUAGAUUUGUUUCCGAAUCAAAGUGAGGGAAAGCCACCAUACAACUAUACAACUCCUUGCUACGAAAAUAUGCAUGCGAAGAUAGAUAUCAUCAACAAGGCUGAGGAAAAUGGUUUUAUUACUGAUUUCUUUACAACUGUAGCAGAAUGUAUGCCAGACGGGACAUAUGGAAGAGUAUUGAAGACUAGAAAUGGAACAAAAAUAUGUGUCGACGAUCGUGGACAAAAGAUAGAAGGUUAUGAGAUCGAACAAAAUGCUGAAAAUUACGAAAAUAUGGAUUGCAAAUGUGCGAAAACAUCUUUUCUCAUGGCACAAUCAAACGAGCGGCCAAUCUGUUGUAAGAACGGUAACUUUAGGAAAAUCCAGUGCCGUCGGGGGCAGUGCCGCUGCGUAGACUCUGAUGGUCGACAGGUUGGUAGAGAAUCACCUGACGUCGCCACUUUAAAUUGUUAUACUCCUGAUUGGAAACGUUGUUAAUAAGCGAUGGUUUUUUUCAACAAUAAUUAAAUUAUUUGUCUUUA